UGUAUAUCCACGGUCCAUUUGUCCAGAAUUGCGUGGAAAGUACAGAGUCAAUCUGCUUGGCGUCAUUUUCUUCCCUCGUAACAAUACAUACUUUUAUUAUAAACGCUUUUCUUUUGUUUCAGAUAUAACCGGUCGCGCGUCGACCACCACCGCCUUUCUACAUGGUGAAAGUGAAAGACGAUCUCCCGCCGCUCGGGAUGAGCGAUCCUCUGCCUACCGCUCCCGCGUCGUCGCUCGCUUCGGCUCCGCCCACCCAGGGCGGCGCCGGUCCCCACUCUUCCGCGCCGCGUAAGCAACGCCCAUUCGGAGGCGGAGCCGCGAAUCAACACGCGCACUUGCAUCAUCACCACCAUCACGGCGCGUUCCAGCAUUACGGGCACUAUCAUCGGUGCUCGUUCCCAGCAGAUGGCGGUGACAUGCAAAACGGCGCUUCGCCCGCGAAAUUUUACUUCGGACCCGGGUUCGAACCCCAGCAACAAGGCAGCUUCGGUCCCGGUCCCAGUCAGAACCAGGGAAACGAGUACAUCGUGUUCUUCCACGUCAAUCCUGGCGUCACUAUCAGCUUCCAGAUGGGGGAGAAUUUGGAGAUACUCAGGGGUGAGUUGACUGUUACUACCUUUUGAUUGUGGAUCUGAAGGAUUUUAUCGAGAUAGUAUCUCUCACUAUUAGAACC